GUUGUUGGAAUGAGGUUGGCGAGGUUUGAAGCGGCUCAAAUCUCAAGCGGCGCGGGGAUCCACAACCUCUGCCGAGAGUGGGGCCGACCGGUACGGCGCGUUCACAUUGACAAUUUUUACCAGCUCGUCCGUGUCGGUCCGGGACACAGAUCAUCCAAACACAUCCGCCGCACACCCGCAUAUCCACCGUCCCAGCAAAACCCGACAGUUCAGUGCGCCCGCGGCCAUAAAGACAUGAUCACCAGAAUAGCGGCCAGGUCCGGCUCAAGGACCCUCGCCUGCUCGAGAUGCCGACGACGCACAAUAAGCCUCUCAGCGCCGUUGCUCCAACAGCAAAAGCCGCAACCGCAACGAAAACAGCCAACAUCACCGCCGCCCGCAGCGUCACCGUCCUCUUUGAGAAAUGGCGAGCAGCAACCAGAGGUCCUGCUCGAGAAGCCGAGCUUCGUCAGAGCACUCACCGAGGACCAGAAGCCGCCAGAGGCCAGCCCGUUUGGGGACGCGCCGAGGUCGUACGGCAAGCAAUCUGACGAGACAUUCAAGCCGCGGCCGCUGGCCCGCCCGAUCGGCAUGAAGGACCCGCCAAUGCCGGGCGACAACUCCGGGCUGGAUUUUCGGACGAUCCAGCAGCGGAGGGACGAUUUUGUCAACUACGAGAAGCACCUCAUCAGGCGGAAACAGAUGAUCGAUCAAUACGUACGCCCCUACUUCCGCGACUGGAGCAACAUGCAGUGGCACAAGGGCAAGUCCUUCGUGGCGCCCCCUCGCCUCUUCAAGGCCGAGCACGCCCUCUACUUCCCCAACUUUUACGGCAAGACGCUGUCCAAAGCCGACCCGAUCCCCCGCGACACGACGACGACGCUGGCCGGCAAGGCGUCGGUCGUGUCCAUCUUCAGCAGCCAGUGGGCCGAGAGCCAGGCCAACUCGUUCAUCGGCGUCAAGGAGAACCCGGAGCUGCACCAGGUCCUCAAGGCGAACCCCGGGCCGGCGCAGCUGGUCAGGAUCAACGUCGAGGAUCAGCUGCUCAAGCAGUGGGUGCUGAGCCUGUUUGAGGGCAACCUGAGGAGGCAGGUCGGCAAGGAGAACUGGGAGCGCUACUUUCUCGUCAACAAAGCCAUCCCCAUGGAUAUCAGGGAGUCCAUAGGUGUCUUGAACGCCCGUGUGGGUUACACCUACCUCGUCGACAGCAGCUGGCGUAUCCGCUGGGCAGGUAGCGGGUACAGCGAGGAGGAUGAACGCAAGAGCUUGGUCAAGGGGUUGCAACGCUUGCUGAAGGAGAUGAACGCCGGGGCUUGA